AAAUUUCUGGGGGCAAACCCUUGGAAGUGGAGAUGGAAGGUAUAGAAUACAUGAAUGAUGACCCUGGUAUGGUGGACGUCCUUUAUGCCAAAGUCCACAUGAAAGAUGGCUCCAACAGGCUGCAGGAAUUAGUUGAUCGAGUGUUGGAACGCUUUCAGGCAUCUGGACUAAUAGUGAAAGAGUGGAACAGUGUGAAACUGCAUGCAACUGUCAUGAAUACACUAUUCAGGAAAGACCCCAAUGCUGAAGGCAGGUACAAUCUCUACACAGCGGACGGCAAAUACAUCUUCAAGGAAAGAGAAUCAUUUGAUGGCCGAAAUAUUCUAAAGUUGUUUGAGAACUUCUACUUUGGUUCCCUAAAGCUCAAUUCCAUUCACAUCUCUCAGAGGUUCACAGUGGACAGCUUUGGAAACUACGCCUCCUGUGGACAAAUUGACUUCUCCUGAGGUGGGAAUUCAACGUCCUCACAGGUGCUGAAGAAGAACGUGUUCACUUCACUUGCCAAGGGACAUGUGUUUGGGGAAAUUUGGAUACUGAUUUUCCUGGGUGGCUCCUCCACCCCAACUUCCCACUGCCUCUGAUGGUCAUCCAUAGUCACCACACUGCCAGCCAAGAUACUUGUGGACACAAGGGGAAUUUUUACCUGUUCCCUUGACUUGUUCUUUUCUUUUUCCUCUUCAGGGAUUUUUGGUUGUUGUUUAUUUUGGUGUGGUAAGCUACAUCUAACAUAAAAUACAUUGCCUUAACCAUUUUAAGUGUACAGUCCAGUGUUAUUCAGUGCGUACGUAAUGUUGUACAACCAUUGCCGCCAUCCACUGCUGCCAUGACUUUUCAUCUUGUAAAACUUGAAACU